GAGGGGGUUCUGAUUUUUAUUUUUAUUUUCCUUUCAAGGGAAAUAUCAGUCGUCAGGAGGCUGUUAGUAUGAUCCCACCUCUGCUGCUUAAUGUUAACCCUCAUCAUAAGAUUCUAGAUAUGUGCGCUGCACCUGGAUCUAAGACUGCCCAACUGAUUGAAAUGCUACACGCAGACAUGAAUGAUCCUUUUCCCAAGGGUUUUGUAAUUGCUAAUGAUGUCGACAACAAGCGCUGCUAUUUGCUGGUUCAUCAGGCUAAGAGGUUAAACAGUCCGUGCAUCAUGGUGGUAAAUCAUGAUGCCUCCAGCAUUCCUAAUCUACAAAUAGAUGUUGAUGGAAGAAAAGAGGUCCUCUUCUAUGACAGGAUUUUAUGUGACGUCCCCUGCAGUGGAGAUGGAACCAUGAGGAAAAACAUCGAUGUAUGGAAGAAGUGGACGACACAAAACAGUUUACAGCUCCAUGGAUUGCAGUUAAGAAUUGCAACCCGUGGUGUUGAACAGCUGGCAGAAGGUGGGAGAAUGGUGUAUUCCACGUGUUCAUUGAACCCCAUUGAAAAUGAAGCUGUGAUUGCAUCUCUGCUGGAAAAGAGCCAAGGUGCCUUAGAACUUGCUGAUGUCUCUUCUGAAUUACCAGGUUUGAAGAGGAUGCCAGGAAUUACAAAAUGGAAGGUAAUGCUGAAAGAUGGACAGUGGUUUGAAGAGUGGAAAGAUGUGCCUUCAAAUAGACAAACACAAAUACGUCCCACUAUGUUUCCUGUAAAAGAUGAAGAGAAGCUAAAGGCAAUGAAUCUAGAGCGUUGUCUUAGGAUAUUGCCACAUCAUCAGAACACAGGAGGUUUCUUUGUGGCUGUGUUAAUAAAAAAAUCACCAAUGCCAUGGAAUAAACGCCAGCCUAAGGUUCAUCAGAAAUUACCACAAAAAACAGGAGAUGCUGAAGUGACAGCAACCAAUUCAGAUAAUGGUUCUGAACGUAUUACUGAAGAACCAACACUUGAUGAAAAUGAAGAGUCUAAGAAAAAGCAAGAAUUGCAGAAUUCAGACACUGAACAAAGCAAAAAGGAAGGAGUAUGUGGACCACCACCAUCUAAAAAAAUGAAGUUGUUUGGUUUUAAAGAAGACCCUUUUGUGUUUCUCCCUGAAGAUGAUCCAUUGUUCCUUCCUAUCCAGAAGUUUUAUGCAUUGGACCCAUCAUUUCCCAAGAUGAAUUUACUAACCCGAACUCAAGAAGGAAAAAAGAGACAGCUGUACAUGGUUUCUAAGGAGCUAAGGAAUGUGCUUCUGAACAACAGUGAGAAGAUGAAGGUUAUUAACACAGGGAUAAAAGUCUGGUCUCGCAACAGUGAUGGGGAACAGUUUGGAUGUGCAUUCAGAUUAGCACAAGAGGGAAUUUAUACUCUGUACCCGUUCAUUCAUGCGAGGAUUAUAAAUGUCUGCAUAGAAGAUGUUAAAAUUCUGCUAACCCAGGAAAAUCCAUUCUUAAGUAAAUUUAGCAGUGAAACACAGAAGAAAGUCAAAGACAUGGCGAUGGGAAGUAUAGUUCUGAAGUACGACCCAGACCCUGCAAAACCUGAUGAUCUUCAGUGCCCUAUAGUGCUGUGUGGUUGGCAAGGGAAGACAUCACUCCGUGCCUUUGUGCCCAAGAAUGAGAGACUUCAUUACCUGAGGAUGAUGGGAGUUGAAGUGUUUAAAGCAAAGAGGAAAGAGGAGGAAUCGGAAAGUAAAACAGGGGAAGAAGUUCAACAUGGGUUGACACAAACAGAGGAAGGAAUGGAUGUGGAAGACAAAGAACAUGAUUUAGUCACAAAAAUGGAAGCAGAAAUAGGUGAAGAAUCUUCCCACAGUCCUGUGGAAAACAGUGCUAUGGAAGUAGAAAAUAAAAUUGAGGAUUUAGAUCAAUCUGGUAAAAAUGCCAAUAGUCAUGUAAUCCAGGAAAGCAAAGACACAGAUACGAGUAAUAUGAAAGAUUAGGUUUCUUUCUCUAUUACUUGGCAGCUUCUAUGAGGCUGACAUCCAGACUUGUGCUUUUAGCAUGGAAGUGUAUUUUAAAAUUUCAGUUGGAAUGGGAUGUUCCUCUUUUAAAGUUUCACUUAUUUUAUUUUUUAAGUGAAAACUAUAUAUAAAGAGAUUUCUU